UUCUAUAUUAUAUUCUAUACUAACUAUACUAUACUAUACUAUACUAUGAUCACUCUUACUCCCCUCUCUGUAGCAAAGGUGCUGGUGGUGGGAGGUGAUUCUCUGGUGACGCAGAUUCUCGAGAAACUGGCCAAAGAGGGACUUGAUGUGACGACAUUGAACGAAACCCGCCCAGAAGGACCAUGCAGGGAGUUUGUCGAGAGGAAACACACUCCCUCGGUCGAAUACCUGCAGUCCUUUUCCCUCGUCAUCUCCGUCAACCAGGUCCGUUCAUUCGAGCUGAUGCUGGCCGAUGCUCGCUGGCCCAACCUGCCGAUGAUCAUCACCCGGGGAGUCGCCAAUAUCUGCAAGAUGCGCUGCCAGUACGGCGAAUUACCCUUGUCCACGGGGGGGACAUCCAAUUUUGUGGCUCUGCCGAUGAAUCUGCUGCCGUGGACCGAGGAAAAGAGGAAAUUGGUCUCUGAUAUUGCUGACUCCCUGUCGCUGUCGCCUGCCUUCUACAAGGCUGGACUGGCGGUUGUCCGGUUCCGAGAGGAGAACAAGCGAUGGCCUGAGGAAUCCGAUGCAGAGGUUCUGCGAUCGGACGAUGCUGAAGUGCAGAAAUACACUGAUCAGCUUCUGCUGGGUGGCUUCGGGUCUCUGCCGGAGACGAUCUCCAUUAUCAGCUCGCUCAUUGUGCAUGAUGGACUGGGCAUGUUGACAGGAGAGCAGCCUGUGAAUAACACCAACAUUGAAGAGGUUAUCGUGUCGUGGGUAAAUAGAAAUAAACAAUAGACAAUGGAUGGAAAUAAGGGUACAAUACAUACACAAUACAAAAUACAGUUUAC